CGCCACCAUGGUUAUAUUUGGUUAUCACCAUAUCCACUGGGGUCCCAUGGUUAUAACCAAAUAUAACCAUAUUGUGGGUAUGGUUAUGGUUAUAACCAUAACCACUAAUAUAACCAUAACUAUGUGCCCAGGUAUGGCGAUCGCUACCUCGAUGCAAUCAUCGGCUUGAUAACACGCCGCCGACUCUCUUUCUCUGCAAUCGCUUGGGUUGAGAUGCAAGAGAUGAUACUAGCGGCUAACCCAGCCAUCGAAGACCUUCUGAUAAUCAGCCGGGGUCCUGUAAUGCGACUUAUCGAUGCCACGUACGACCUCUACUCUUCUCAGCUGAGGGCAAAUCUUCAGUCUGCUACUUCGAAAAUCCACAUCUCGUCUGACCUCUGGACAUCGCCUCAUCGCCAUGGAACACUGGCUGUGUCGGCGCGAUGGGUUGAUAAAGACCAUCAACUACGAAGGGCGCUUCUAGCGAUGCCGGAAUGCCGCUACAGCCAUAGUGGCGAAACGCAAGCCUCUCUCAUUAUGGACACGCUGGAGAGAUAUGGAAUUGCGUCUAACGUAGGAUAUCACGUUGGAGACAAUGCGACGUCUAACGAUUCUUGCUUAUCUUACCUAUCUCUUCGGCUUAGGCGGGACCACGGGCUGUCGUUUGAUCCCUCGAAGCGUCGGAUACGCUGUAUCGGCCAUAUUAUUAAUCUCUCCCUUCAAGCGUUCCUUCAAGCGUCGUCUAAAGAGGCGCUUAUUGCAGCUCUUAAUACCACGGAUGAUAGUACUAGCGACCAGCUAUUCGCCCGAUUCUACGACACGCUGCACGAUACUAAGGAAUCGAUGCAAACAACAGACAGAUCAACAAAGAAGGCUCUCGCGAAAUGGCAACCGUAUACUUGAGAACUUCACCGGAUGGCAGCAUAUUGCGCCACUGCGUAAGGUACAUAAUAUUGCGGUUUGGAUACGUAAAUCUACGCUUCACUCGGCUGCGUGGGAUGAUGAGAUUAAGCUCCGACUCGACAUAGAUAAUGCGACACGUUGGAACUCGUGGUAUCGAUUGCUCGAUAAUCUUCUGAGGUAUCAAGCACGAGUGAAGCAGUUUCUGGUUGACCAUGACAGGGAGCUCCAAGAUGAUAUCCUUCUAGCGUCCGAGUGGGAAUUUAUUGAACGGACGCACCGUUUCUUGCAACCGUUUGCCUCAGCCACGUUGCUUGCCGGAGGAGCAGGAUCCACGCUAUCUCAAUCGCUGUCCAUCAUGGACGUUUUAUUGCGGCAGUACGAAAAUACAAAGAACUUUAUAGUUCACAGGAAACGCUGGAUCGUCACAUGGUCCACUGUAUCGACAUGGGCUGCGGCGCUCCUGCUUGAUCCUUCGAAGAGACAAAAAUACAUUGAACGGAAUUGGAAAGAGCCCUGGCAAGCUCCUGCCGUUAAUGCCGCUCGCGAAAUUUGGUUAGAAGAAUACAAGUCUGCGGCGAGCCCUGAUUUACAGAUUCCUACAGAUGCGCCUUCUUCUACUAGCAGACAGCGUAACGAGCUGGAUGAGCUCUUAAGUGAUAUAGCGGUGACUGGCCCGAUAGUAGGCGAUGCCGAUGACUUCGAAACAUUUAUUUGUGCUCCUCCCACCCGGAUUACCGGAACUGCGCUCGAGUGGUGGCUACAUUCAGACCAAAGGAAAGCGUACCCGCGGCUUUCUCGUAUGGCAAUAGAUAUCCUCUCCAUUCCUCCUGAAUCAUCUGACGCAGAGUCUCAUUUCUCAUCCGCGCGCCGCACGCUAUCUUGGGAUAGAGAGCGCAUGACGUGCGAGAAUCUGGCGAAGGUGGAGUGUGUGGGCAACUGGAUACGGGAAGGUAUCAUUGUUCCCAAGUCGCGCGGCGGUAGGGGUGUAAUUUCGAGCGUAGCUGUAGAAUUCGGCAUGGAUACGGAGGUUGAAGACUUGCUAGACUAGAUCACCG